AUCGUUUUGUUGCUCAGCUUUCGAUGCGCAGCUGACUUUUAAUAUUAUUAAUUAAUCUCGCCAAGUACAAAUGCGUGAAAAACAAAGCCAAAGCACAGACAAAUGCAGAAAUGCUAAUUUUGUCAACAACCGUCAGUCUGCAAUGGAUGUGUUUACUGCUACAAAUGCAGGCGCUAAAUGCGCUCGAUGCCUUUGAGAUAGUUAAUUACCAAACCACAAAGUAUACGUUUGCCAAGCCAUGGCCACAGGAGGCAUCUGCCGACGAAGUUGAUGGAGUGGGCGGAGCAGAAGGAGCAGUGGACCACAACGAUCUGGAAGAGAGCUAUCUUAAAUUCGACAACGAUGACGAGCUGCGAACUGCAGCGCCAACUCAGCCGUUGCUGGUGGAGGGCGCCUUUUGCCGGCGCAGCUUCGAUGGGCGCAGCGGCUACUGCAUCCUGGCGUAUCAGUGUCUGCAUGUCAUACGCGAGUAUCGGGUGCAUGGCACCCGCAUUGACAUCUGCAUGUAUCGCAAUAAUGUGCCGGUUAUCUGUUGCCCACUGGCAGACAAGCAUGUCCAUACGCAGCGUAUCAGUGCCACCAAAUGCCAGGAGUAUAAUAGCGCAGCGCGGGGACUGCGCCUGGGCGACACCGGACGCAGCUUCUCGGGCAAACAGUGUGUGCCCAGUGUGCCACUUAUUGUGGGUGGCACGCCCACGCGUCACUCUCUAUUCCCGCACAUGACAGCUCUGGGUUGGACACAGAGCGACGGCGAUAUCAAAUGGGGCUGCGGCGGCACGCUGAUCAGUGAGCUUUACGUGCUGACAGCGGCCCAUUGCGCCACAUCGGGUAGUAAACCACCUGACAUGGUGCGAUUGGGUGCCCAGGAGCUCAAUGUCAGCAGUCCCUGGCAGCAGGACAUUAAAAUACUUAUGAUUAUACUGCAUCCCAAGUAUCGGUCGUCCUCCUACUACCACGAUAUAGCGCUACUUAAGCUGACCAAGCGUGCCCAGCUGUCGGAUCGUGUGCGCCCAGCAUGCUUGUGGCAAAUAUCCGAUUUGCAUAUCAGAUCUGUGGUGGCCACGGGCUGGGGACGCACCGAAUUCCUGGGCGCCAAGUCGAACACAUUGCGCCAGGUCGAACUCGAUAUGAUAAAGCAGCAGCGUUGCAAGCAGAUCUAUCGCAAGGAACGUCGUAUGCCAAAUGGUAUCAUUGAUUCACAGUUCUGUGCAGGCUAUCUGCCUGGUGGGAAGGAUACGUGUCAGGGCGACUCCGGCGGACCGUUGCAUGCGGUGUUGCCCGAAAACAAUUGCGUCGCCUUCGUUGUGGGCAUAACAUCAUUUGGCAAAUUCUGUGCGGCGCCCAAUGCCCCCGGUGUCUAUACUAAGCUCUUCAAUUACUUGGAUUGGGUUGAGAAGAUUGUAUUUAAAAAGCAUUAG